UGUUAUAAUCAAAAUGGCCCAAAAUUAUCACAAAAUCUUGGCGGACAUUGCCAAGGCUGUCACCUUGAGGCAGGUGCGUGAAAAGAUGAAACCUAAUGUUAAACCGACGAGUCUAUUGAUUGGUCGUGUAGUAGAAAAUCUUAAAAAGCCAAACAUCACCAAAGUCCGAGUAAUGAAUUGGGAACUAGACGCAUACAUCAUGAAGUAUUUCACGGAGAAGGAAGACUUUUGGGUAUUUGACAAAAAUGAAGAAUGUUCUCAAGGCGACAUCGUUCUGAUUGAGGAACUCAAGAAGCAAGUUCAACCCAGAGUGCGAUAUGAACUGAAAGAAAUUGUCUUUAAAGUUGGACGGGCAAUUGACCCAGUAACUGGGAGACCAUGUAGAGGCACUGAAUUUUUAGAUGAUUAUCACGACAGUUCAAUUAUUGAAAAAUAUGAGGAAGCUAAAAGUACAGGGAUGAUAGACUCAAUGGAUGAUGAAACAUUAAAAUCAGUUACUGGUAGUAGUAAACAAUAGACAACUAAUUAGGAUGUUCAUUGUUCAUCUAUUGAGGGAUAUCAAUCUGUGAUGAGCGGGAGCAUGACAGUCUAAACUCAUUGGGAUUACUUAUUUGAGAAGAUGAUUCAGAACUUGAUGACUGGCAAGAGGUUGGUGUUUAAUAACAGACAGUUGGAGGGUGUAACAAACAAUUAAUGUUCUAGUGUAUCUCUUAGGGAUAAUCAUGCCUCAUCUAAUUGCAGCAGAAUUAGCAGAAUAGCAAUACUUACCAACCACAUCAAGGAAUAUUGAAGUGUUACACAUAUACCAAAGAUACUGUAAUAAUUUGAAAUUUCAGUUGAUCAAAGUAAAUUACUGAAUUGUUUAAUAAAGUGGAUACAUAUAACAUAGCAGAACUCCCCCCUGUCACAAGAAUUAUUACAUCUGUAAAUUAUAUUGGUGUAAAUAAAAUACUAGAGUAUAGUAAAUAUAAAACAAAUAUAGGUUUUCCAAUUAUGACUUUAGUUGUGUACAUGUUAUUGCCACAUAACCCUUAAAUGCCCCAUAUAAAGUUUA